UGUGUGCUUUUUCUAAUGGCCAGCUUUUGUGACACCUAACGCCGAAUAUUUUACACGAUAUUAAUUCCUCUUUCUCUCUCUAAACUUUCUCCUUCUUGAGAGCAUUCUCUCUCUAAAACUUUCCUGGGUCAGUUACCGCAUCUGCAUUCACACUCUCCUCUUCCAUUUCUUCAAUCCAAAUUCCCCUCAAACCUUUCAGCUUCUCUCUCUGCAACCCCCAAGUUUCUCUCUCCACAAUCCCAACUUUGUAACAGCUGCUGAGUUAAGUUCAAUAUGGACCGCCGUGGUUGGCCAUGGAGGAAGAAAAGCUCCGACAAGAGUUCUUCUGUCACAGAUUCUGCUGCUGCACCUGUUGCUAAUUCAUCAGAAAAUCACGGUGAUGAGCAGGAUACUUCCAAAAAAGUAAAUUAUGUCAAAAUUCCCGAAGAGACGUAUAAUCAGCUGACUGAAGCGGAAGAACAAGUGAAGGUACUGAAUGAAAAGCUUGCUUCAACUGUUUCCGAGGUGACAACAAAAGAGAAUUUAGUUAAACAACAUGCUAAAGUUGCAGAAGAAGCUGUAUCAGGUUGGGAGAAGGCUGAAGCAGAAGCACUGACACUGAAACAACAACUUGAACUAUUGACACUGGAGAAGCUUACAUCUGAUGAUCGGGCAGCCCACCUAGAUAGUGCUCUCAAGGAAUGCAUGAGGCAAAUCCGGCAGGUCAAGGAAGAUAAUGAACAAAAACUCCAUGAAAUUAUCACCACAAAGACCAGGCAAUGGGAAAAAAUCAAAUCUGAACUCGAUGCAAGAAUUGUUGGUUUGGAGCAAGAGCUUCUUCGGGCCUCUGCUGAGAACAAUACUCUAACGAGAUCCCUUCAAGAGCGCGCAGGCAUGCUUAUGAAAAUAAAUGAAGAAAAAACUCAAGCUGAGGCUGAAAUUAAAGUUCUUCAAGUCAACAUUCAGUCUUAUGAAAGGGAAAUAAACUCCCUUAAAUAUGAGCUCAACAUAGUGGCCAAGGAGCUUGAAAUUCGAAAUGAAGAGAAGAACAUGGGUCUAAGAUCAGCAGAAGUGGCUAACAAACAACAUUUGGAGGGCGUAAAGAAGAUAGCCAAAUUGGAAGCAGAGUGCCAGAGGCUUCGUGGACUUGUCAGGAAGAAACUGCCAGGCCCUGCUGCAUUAGCCCAAAUGAAGCUCGAAGUCGAUAACCUCGGCAGAGAUUAUGGAGAAAGCAAACUAAGACGAUCUCCUGUAAAAAACUCUAGCCCCCAUCUUGCCCCAGUUACUGAAUUUGCCCUUGACCAUGCUCAACAUGGUCAUAAAGAGACUGAGUUCCUUACUGCUCGCCUUUUGGCAAUGGAGGAAGAAACCAAGAUGCUAAAGGAGGCUUUGUCAAAGCGUAACAGUGAACUUCAGGCAGCAAGAAACAUGUGUGCUAAAACAGCGAGCAAGCUUCAGAGCAUGGAAGCACAGGUACAAGCCCUAAAUCAUAAAAAGAACCCCAUGAACACUGAGGUGUCCAUGGAGGGUUCAAUGAGCCAAAAUACAAAUAGUAACCCACCAAGCUUGGCCUCCAUGUCUGAGGACGGAAUUGAUGAUGAAACUAGUUGUGCAGAGUCGUGGGCCUCUGCUUUGAUCUCAGAGCUUUCCCAAUUCAAGCGAGAGAAAGAUAUGGAUAAGGGUAACAAAGAAUUACAGAUUGAACUCAUAGAUGACUUUCUAGAGAUGGAGAAGCUCGCUUCCACCCAGGUUUCUUCCGUUGAAAAGGAACUUCAAACUGAGACUGAUCAAAAUAACCCAAAACCCGAUACCAAUGACUGGUCCUUGUCCCAACUUCGAGAACGAAUUGCCAUGAUCUUUGAAUCCCGUGCUAAUGGAACUGGCAUGGAGAAGAUUCUUGAGAAUAUCAGAUGUGUUUUAAAGGAAUUUCAGAACAAUUUGCCUCGUCACAAUUCAGGUGGUUGUCUCUCAGAUGGCAGUCUUUCGACUGAUGCUGCUUCUCAAACCAUUGGGGAGACUCUUGAGAUUGGAAACUGUCCUCCUCUCUGUGAUAGUAAGCCAUGUACUAGUACUCUAGAAUCAGAGUUCACUGAUGCCAUCUCUAAGAUUCAAACAUUUGUAGAAUCACUGGGUAAAGAGGCGUCAAGAAUAUGGAAGGAGAGGCUUGAUAAUGUGAACGGAUUGAGCAAAAGUAUUGAGGAUUUUUCUAUCUCUGUUAAUGAGGUUCUGUCUGGCAGAAUGGAUGUGAAGGAAUUUAUUUUUGAUCUUUCUCACAUAAUGGCUGAAGCUGGGGUAUUUUUCUUUGAGAUGCUCAAUAAAAUCAGCUUUGAAGGGGAAAGCAAUGAUGUAGCUGCAGGCAAGUUGGGGUCAAAAGAAGAUAAGGUGGCUGAAAUGGGUUUGUCAGGAGAGAGAUGUUUAAGUGAUUCUACCCUUUCAUCUCAAUCAUGUUUGGGUUCUGGGGCUCUCCAAGAAGAAAUGGUGGACAAACUACACAAGCAUUUGGAGGAAGAAAUUGAGCAAUUGAAGUCAGAGAAGGACAUCAUGGCGAGGGAUUUUGUUAUGUGCAAUGAGAAUUUGGAGCACACUAAAGCCCAACUUGUGGAAACUGAGCAACUUCUCUCUGAACUUAAACUGGAGCUUGAAUCUUGUCAGAAUUCAAAGAGCCUUGUUGAGACGCAGCUGAAAUGCAUGGCAGAGUCUUAUCGAACCCUAGAAUUGCGUGCGAAAGAAGUGGAAGAUGAAGUGAAACUUCUUCGAGAAAACGCAGAGGCUUUGAACUCUGAACUCCAGGAAGAGAAGAGGAUUUGCGAGGAAGCUGUCACAAAAUGCAUGGAUCUUCAGGAGCAGAUUCAGAGGAAUGAGGAGUGUGCAGUUUGCUCAUCUUGUCCGACAGAACAAUACGUCAAGGCCAAACAAGAAAAAGAGAUAGCAGCUGCAGCUGAGAAGCUUGCCGAAUGCCAGGAAACAAUAUUUCUUCUUGGAAGGCAGCUGAAGGCCCUGAGAUCCUCUCCAAAUGAGCUAACAGGUUCUCCAUUCUCUGAAAACGAGCACCAUAGUCAGAACGUAAUGGAGCAAGAUUCUGUAGAUUUGACACAGGUGGCGAUGGAAGAUAGUCCAUCCGAUGUACCUAGGAUUGAGUUUGUGUCACGCUUGGACCCUUACACCAUCCCCCAAUUUUCAUCAGAUACUGAAGCAAGCCCUCUUUCAAGAUCUCCCAUAAACCCAAAGCGCCCAAAACACAGGCCUACUAGGUCUUCUUCCUCUUCCUCCUCUUCAGUUCCGACCCCUGAGAAAAACACACGAGGUUUCAGUAGAUUCUUCUCAAGAGGGAAGGUUAACCAUGUGGAAGACAAGAAGAAACGAUCUCCUGUAAAAAACUCUAGCCCCCAUCUUGCCCCAAUUACUGAAUUUGCCCUUGACCAUGCUCAACAUGGUCAUAAAGAGACCGAGUUCCUUACUGCUCGCCUUUUGGCAAUGGAGGAAGAAACCAAGAUGCUAAAGGAGGCUUUGUCAAAGCGUAACAGUGAACUUCAGGCAGCAAGAAACGUGUGUGCUAAAACAGCGAGCAAGCUUCAGAGCAUGGAAGCACAGGUACAAGCCCUAAAUCAUAAAAAGAACCCCAUGAACACUGAGGUGUCCAUGGAGGGUUCAAUGAGCCAAAAUACAAGUAGUAACCCACCAAGCUUGGCCUCCAUGUCUGAGGAUGGAAUUGAUGAUGAAACUAGUUGUGCAGAGUCGUGGGCCUCUGCUUUGAUCUCAGAGCUUUCCCAAUUCAAGCGAGAGAAAGAUAUGGAUAAGGGUAACAAAGAAUUACAGAUUGAACUCAUGGAUGACUUUCUAGAGAUGGAGAAGCUCGCUUCCACCCAGGUUACUUCCGUUGAAAAGGAACUUCAAACUGAGACCGAUCAAAAUAACCCAAAACCCGAUACCAAUGACUGGUCCUUGUCCCAACUUCGAGAACGAAUUGCCAUGAUCUUUGAAUCCCGUGCUAAUGGAACUGGCAUGGAGAAGAUUCUUGAGAAUAUCAGAUGUGUUUUAAAGGAAUUUCAGAACAAUUUGCCUCGUCACAAUUCAGGUGGUCUCUCAGAUGGCAGUCUUUCGACUGAUGCUGCUUCUCAAACCAUUGGGGAGACUCUUGAGAAUGGAAACUGUCCUCCUCUCUGUGAUAGUAAGCCAUGUACUAGAACUCUAGAAUCAGAGUUCACUGAUGCCAUCUCUAAGAUUCAAACAUUUGUAGAAUCACUAGGUAAAGAGGCGUCAAGAAUAUGGAAGGAGAGGCUUGAUAUUGUGAACGGAUUGAGCAAAAGUAUUGAGGAUUUUUCUAUCUCUGUUAAUGAGGUUCUGUCUGGCAGAAUGGAUGUGAAGGAAUUUAUUUUUGAUCUUUCUCAUGUAAUGGCUGAAGCUGGGGUAUUUUUCUUUGAGAUGCUCAAUAAAAUCAGCUUUAAAGGGGAAAGGAAUGAUGUAGCUGCAGGCAAGUUGGGGUCAAAAGAAGAUAAGGUGGCUGAAAUGGGUUUGUCAGGAGAGAGAUGUUUAAGUGAUUCUACCCUUUCAUCUCAAUCAUGUUUGGGUUCUGGGGCUCUCCAAGAAAAAAUGGUGGACAAACUACACAAGCAUUUGGAGGGAGAAAUUGAGCAAUUGAAGUCAGAGAAGGACAUCAUGGCGAGGGAUUUUGUUAUGUGCAAUGAGAAUUUGGAGCACACUAAAGCCCAACUUGUGGAAACUGAGCAACUUCUCUCUGAACUUAAACUGGAGCUUGAAUCUUGUCAGAAUUCAAAGAGCCUUGUUGAGACGCAGCUGAAAUGCAUGGCAGAGUCUUAUCGAACCCUAGAAUUGCGUGCGAAAGAAGUGGAAGAUGAAGUGAAACUUCUUAGAGAAAACGCAGAGGCUUUGAACUCUGAACUCCAGGAAGAGAAGAGGAUAUGCGAGGAAGCUGUCACAAAAUGCAUGGAUCUUCAGGAGCAGAUUCAGAGGAAUGAGGAGUGUGCAGUUUGCUCAUCUUGUCCGACAGAUCAAUACGUCAAGGCCAAACAAGAAAAAGAGAUAGCAGCUGCAGCUGAGAAGCUUGCCGAAUGCCAGGAAACAAUAUUUCUUCUUGGAAGGCAGCUGAAGGCCCUGAGAUCCUCUCCAAAUGAGCUAACAGGUUCUCCAUUCUCUGAAAACGAGCACCAUAGUCAGAACGUAAUGGAGCAAGAUUCUGUAGAUUUGACACAGGUGGCGAUGGAAGAUACUCCAUCCGAUGUACCUAGGAUUGAGUUUGUGUCACGCUUGGACCCUUACACCAUCCCCCAAUUUUCAUCAGAUACUGAAGCAAGCCCUCUUUCAAGAUCUCCCAUAAACCCAAAGCGCCCAAAACACAGGCCUACUCGGUCUUCUUCCUCUUCCUCCUCUUCAGUACCAACCCCUGAGAAAAACACACGAGGUUUCAGUAGAUUCUUCUCAAGAGGGAAGGUUAACCAUUAGAAUAUAUACAACAAAAUUGUGGAAGAGGCCAUUGUGAAAAGAGUGGCUCAGAUGAUAAAAACUGAAAGUAAGUUGUCAGAGGAGUGGUUUUCAGGUUUUAUGAAGAUGGGUUGUCUGCUAGCUAUUUUGUGGAGCAUCCUUUCCGAUUUAAUGGAGCACCUCUACGAGAAUGCUUUGUAGCAAAUAUAGACAAUUUCUGAGUAUUUUGAGGACUAUAAUGCCAGGAAUAAAAAAACAAACAAGUCCUUUACUAGAUUGUUCAUGAGGCUUUGAUCUAGGAACCAAAAGUACUUUUGUACCUAGUUGAAAGGGAUGAUAUCAGCUGUCAAGAGAGGGAGUUAUUGGAGGAAUCAGAUGGUGUUAAAAUUCAGAUGGGAGAAGGGAAAAUGUGAUUGAUCUACUACAAGUGCUUCCUUUUGUGCAUGUUAUGGAUGCAAAACCAGAUAUGUACAUUACCUAGAGAUACUUGAGGUCUAUAUAAGCUAUGGUGACUGACGUUUCUUAGCUACUUCCUAUUACAGAGCUGCCAUGUUCUCCUGUCCCCAUGAUUGGCUCCAUCCCUGGUAUAUAAUUGGUUCCACAUUUGACUUUUGCUCGUGUAUGUAGAUAUUUAGAUGUGUUCUUUCUGUCUUUUUUUGAUAAUUAUAGAUGGGUUCUUUUCUUGAAAGCAUCUAGUCAAUCUACACAUCUUAUUGCUUUGUGACAUGAAAGUGUAAAUCUGGAUCAUUAGAGAAGAGAUCCCUUAAUGACUUUCUUUUCC